GUCAGAGGGCGGGCGUGGGAGCGCGGGGAGGCCGCCGGCAGUGUCCCCGCUGCUUGAGAGACGGAACGGGCAGGGCGGCAGCGCCUCAGCGCGGGAUGCGGGCAGGGGUCACUCCCAUUCUCCGGAGGGUCCUCGGAGCAGGGCGGAGGCCUGUGUUGCGGCUUCAGCGUCCUCGUACAGGAGCCUUAGAGCAGAGAAGAGCUCAGUGAGGCCGUCGGUAGCAGCCGUGAUUUCAAAACCUAUGUGGAUCAAGCUUGUAGAGCUGCAGAUGAGUUUGUCAACAUAUACUAUGAGACAAUGGACAAAAGAAGAAGGGCUUUAACCAGACUGUAUCUGGACAAAGCAACAUUAGUUUGGAAUGGAAAUGCAGUGUCUGGGCAAGAAGAACUAAAUAAGUUUUUUGAAAUGUUGCCAUCAAGUGAAUUCCAGGUUAAUGUGUUGGACUGCCAGCCUGUUCACGAGCAAGCUACUCAAGGCCAGACAACUGUCCUCGUGGUGACAAGUGGGACUGUCAAAUUUGAUGGGGAUAAGCAGCGCUACUUCAAUCAGAACUUCCUGCUGACAGCACAGGCCACCCCCACCAACACCGUAUGGAAGAUCGCCGGGGACUGCUUCCGCUUCCAGGACUGGGCCAGUUAGCAGGGCCUGGCAAUGGGGAGUGACCUCUCAUUCUGCACCACCAAGUCCACGGUGCAGGCAGCUGUUCCCACGUAGGGAAUGCACACACUCUUUGUGUUGAAUCUCAUGGUAUGGACGGUCUACAAAUGUUUCGGGGUUGAUUCCAGUGACCACAGCUUUAGUAAUAAAAUGUGAGAGGUUGCUCAUGUUAGUUGAAUUUAGUAAAGUGCUAAAGGCAAUGAGCUGUAUUUGAAUCAUUCGUAAAAUGCCUUACAUGCAGCUAUGCUGCCACUGCUGAGUGCUCAAACUGUUCUUUUUGAACACAAAAUCCUAUUCAUGUACAAUUCUGACCAAACAUAAUUUUUUUCAACUUGAAAAGAUCUGUUUUUACAGUAGCAUCUUCUCUCUUUUGAAGAAUAUGCUUGUGGCAUGAAGAUGUAAUUUUGAAAGCUCCCUAUUCCCGGUUGUAAGAGGCUGGGAAGGAUUGCUAUAGUGUCUACUGUUAGUGAAAGGAGCAAAUACAGCUCCUAAGUUUGCAAUCUCUCAAUCCAUUAGAAAGGUAAUGUUUACCUUCUCUGAUGCCAAAGGACUGUAUAUGUGUGGGUUUCCUCUAGGCCUGAGCUUCCCAGACCUUGGUUGUUAAUUCCAUGGAUUCAUAUGUAGGGCAUGGUGAAUGAUUCAGAGCUCCUGUGCCAAUAACUCUACACGUGCAUGUGAAGGACUUCAAAACUGUUUAUUUUUCUUUUGAAGUCUUACCAUGGCCUAGAAAUAGGUCGCAUACACGAAUUGAAAUUUCAGUUUUCUGUUGGCUUUAGUUCUGCAUUCUGUUGCUAUGAGGUUUGGAUUGUUUUUCCCAUAUUAAAUCUGCAAGUUGUGAAUCCUUUCUGUCUUUUCAGGAAACAUUGUAGUUAAAAAAUGGCACUGAAAGUGUGCAUUACUGUGAAGCCUUCAAUUUUUUCUCAUCAGUACUGUUACUUAGAACAGGUGCUUACAUUAUUUUCAAUUGACAACAGUAGCUCUGCACCGCUAACAGUAUUUUUCUCUCAUGCAGAUUUUUACUGUACUUUUUAUGUUCUUUUUAAACAUUGCCUUUAAUUAUUGAUUCUGGGGUUUUGUGUAUCUUGCUUUAAAUUUGUAGUUUAAAACUUACAGCUGCUUUGAAACACUUUUUUCAAGACUGUAAGUUAAGAGUCCACCUUAAUUUUGGAACUUAAAAACAAAUCUGGGUAUCAGCAGCUUUGUUUCAAACUGGUACAUUUCUGUUUUAAGCUGAGUAAAACAAAAAAAAGCAAACCCAAAGUGUAGCUGUAUAGCUGUAGCUGUAUCCCUGAGCAUACAUUUGCUUGUAACUGAAAACAUAAGAGGGGAGCUUGUAAGUUUUGUCAUAACCCGUGUUUCAAUGACAACAGCAGUCUGAAAGCAGCUACAACUGCAGCUCACUUGUUCAGUGACCUAAAUGGGGAAAACUGUGAAAAUGAGCAAUAUCUCACUUGCAUAAAAUAUCUUAAGGCAUCUGUAGUUUGUGAUGUCAUCCUACAAACAAUGGGAUGUUUAGCUGAAAUGAGUGGCUUUAUUUCGUUUUCGGACUCUCACAUCUUUUCACCUGUCUCUGUUCAGAGGCUGUUUAUGGUCAAAAUUAUUGUGUGUACCUAUUUUUCAGGCUGAAGAAUUUGAAUUCCUGCAGAACAGUGCAAGAAAAGAAUUUUUGAAAACUGUAAAUAUUGUAAAUACAUUGUUAUUUCUGUAUGUAGUGAAGAAAGGAUCAUUCUAUUUAAUUACUGUUUGUUCUUAAGAGAAUAUGUGAUGUUCAUAUAUUUGUAUUUCCUCUACAUGAUUGAGAAGAAAACAUAAUUUAAGCAUGUCUGUAACUGGUACAGCAUUGUUGAGCUGUGACACUGGUGUUGUGUAUUCUAUUAGCUGUUGAUUGUGUAAAUGGUGUUACAGAUCUGCUUUGCAUACACAAAACAGGUUUUGCCUUUUAAAAUGCAGCAAUGGGUGCAGCUGUGGCAUUGGCUUGUUGGACUUUGAAGGCGGUCACCAGAAAACACACUUCUAUCAGUACCUGAUAAGUUUGUGCUGUGAAUAAAUACUUAUUGGAUAUUUUUAUCCAAGUUUGAAUUUGUAUAAUAAUUUUAAGCUUUUUCUAGGCAGACUUGGAGAGUCAAAAUAUAUGAGGCAAUGUUUCAGUUAAUCAGAUGUUAUCCUCAAUUAUUUUCAUGCUAUUUAAAUGCAAGCUGCUUUUAAAUCUGACUUUUGCAAUUAAUAUUAAAAAAAAAAACCUGACCAAACAGAAAACCUUACCACUACCUGGAAUAUGACUGAGGAAAAUAGCUAACUGGCCUAGCUGGACAAACCCAGUUAAAACUCUAAGAUCUGUAGAUGGCGUAGGACUUAGUGUGCAUACCCAGAGGUUUUGUAGGGAAAUUUAUUGGAACUUGAUUGCUUUAGGCUAGGGAGAGGUGCCAGUUACUCCUGCCUGUUUCCAUCCUCUUCAAUGAGUAUUACUUGGGGUGUUUCAGUACUACCAUAAUUAGCUCUUGCUCUUAAUAACUGAAAAUGCUGGUUUGCAAAAUAUUUCUUUUUAUUUUACUAAGUGAGAAUGUAGCUAUUGGAGUCAAGUGGUGGUUUUACAAUGGAGUAACUAAUGGCAGAAACAAAAAAUCUCUGUUACUAGCUCUGUGCUUCUUGUUAAUAUUCUGUGCUGAAAUUAGCAGAAAACCCAAAAAUGCUUUAAUUUUGUUUUAUACAAACCCUUACAGCUGGUUUAGUGUGACCAUUGCUGACUCUACAGCAAUAUCCUAAAUCUACAAUGGCCAUCUAUGUUUGUGCUUCAAACACUGGAGUUAAUGCUUCCAUUUUUUUGUUCAAGACCAAAUUACUCCUGUGCAACCAGUCAGUGAAACAAAGCCAGCUGAAGAGCUAAGCACUUCCACGUAUGAAAUUGUAGCAACUAAAGACUUGAGAGAUCUACUCUUUUGUAUAUGUUCUCUGUAUUGUCUAUAGCAGUCAUUGCUUUCUGUUGCUGUGUUCUUUUAGCACACUACAGUUAAAUUGAUUUAAAAUGCCUAUGUUGGAGAAAAGGGAUUUGUUCUGAUGGUAUGAAUGGUUUGUUCUGAUAUGCCUGUGCUUCCUUCACCUGUCUAGAGAAAAGCACAUUAUAAAGAAAUGCUAUUUUAUCAGUAAAGUAACUUUCCACACUUGACUAUAUUUUGUAAGUUUUUAAAAUUAAGACCUCUUGUAAGAAUAAUUUUGAAAAACUAAAGAACCAAACAAAAAAACAAGGGGAAAAAAACACCACCAAAAAAACCCCAAACCUACCAGUUACUCUACCUUUUUUAUUAUUAUUACUAUUAGAAAUUUUCAUAGCUUGUUCUUAUGAUAUUAAAAGUGCAAGAAAUAA